GCGGCAGUAAGUCGACUCGCGCUGUUCGGUCUGCUUCAGUCGAAGAAGAGGGAGAUUCAAAAGACAGCUGCUGUGACAGCGAUUAAGUUUUCAGCAUGUACAAUGGGGACAUCAGCUGCACAGUCGUUCGAAUCGAACCACUUCACGAGCGCUGGGACCUCGUGGAGGUGUGUGCGGAAUUACUCAAUGCCCAAUGGCAGCGCAGCACAGGGGCACGUAUCCACUCGCUCCGUCAGUCAAGUCACAGCUAUCCGGUGUGUCUCUUGCUGCUGAGUGGAGAGAGGCGGAGUCAGGAUGAGAAGCUAAUAGGCCACGCCCGCUUGUCCCGUGUUCUGGGAAGCCGUAGUCUGUUUGUGGAAUCGGUCGUGGUGUGUAGCACAUUACGAGGAAAGGGUAAUGGCCGUGUCCUGAUGGAGGGGGUUGAACGGUAUGCCAAAGGACGGGGCUGCACCCGAUUGUGCCUAACCACCCAUGAUAAACAACACUUCUACGCCCAUCUGGGGUUUGUGUUAUCCAAACCUGUCCAAAAUGUCGGGACGUUAGCCUCUUUCAUGCCCAUGGAGUUGCUGCACAAGUUCUGUAGAAGCGCAGAGAACGAGGAGGAAGGAAGGAAGAGUGUCAAGUUUAACAAUCCUGCACCAUCUACACCUUCCAUAUUACCUCCUCCACCACCUCCUCCUUCACUCUUCGGUCCACCUCCUCCCCUUAUUUCUGCUCCUCCACCUCCUCCUUGUCCUCCGUCAUCUUUGGCUCCAGUUAAUCAGACUCUGGAGCAAACACCGUACACCGACAACAGAGGGCUGCUCGUCUUCUGGAUGCACAAGGACAUCUGAGACUCAUGCUACACUCCUGUCUGCUUUAUUCAGGGAUACACAAACACAGUGUUUACAGGACAAGAAGAAUCUUGUAAACCUGAACUGUACUGACUCAAAUACUGUGACAAUCUGAAUGUGCCUCAAUACUAAAGUUUACUUUGUGUUUUAGGUACUGUUUGAUUGAUUAAAAAAAAAAAGUAAAAUCAUUAAAAGGUAAAUCUUUGUCACCCCAAAGGUUGCUGCUGAGAUUAUCUGCUGCUUUUAAAGGGUUUUCAUCAAAAUAAAAACGUUCUAAAUCUA